CAUCUUGCAUAUGAAUGCAAAAAUGUUGAUUCGGAAACUAGAAUUAAAGUCUUGCACUUGUUAUCAAAUGAUUUUGUUGAUUCGGAUAAUAAUACAGCAUCAACAUCAACUACCAAAACAAGUAAAAGGCAAAAAUUAAAUAUCGAUCAUGAAUAUGAAAAUAUUCCUACUUCGUUAAGUAAGGAAGAUCAAAUUAACAAGAUAUUACUCAAAAUAGUAGUAUGUUGUAAUUUACCUUUUGCUCUUGUUGAGCAUCCGUUUUUUCAAGAAUAUACUAAAGCAUUACAUGCUACUUAUCCUAUCCCAAAACGAAUUAUUAAUAAUGAUGUUAAUCUUACAAUUGCUGUUGAUGAGUGGACGAAUCCUAAGGAAUCAAUUGAUAUAUUAAAAAUUAAAGGUAGAGAUUUAAAGGAUCAUACCAAAACACGUUGGUCUACUAUGUGGGAUUGUAUUAGUUCAAUCAUAUGA